AUGGCCACCUCGAUGAAGCCGGCGACCAUGGCGGUCGCUUCCGUGCUCGUGGUGCUUCUGGUGGCGGCGUCCUGGUCGGCGGUCUCCGCUGCAGAUAAUUAUCAGGCGACUCCGUGCCAGCAGCAGACCAACGUGCUCAACGGCAACGGCAACAACAACGGCAACGUCGACGCGAACAACAUCAACAGCGGCAACGGCAACGGCGCAGUCAGCGGCAACAAGGUGGUCGAUGGCAGCGGGAACGGCAACAACAACGGCAACGGCAAUACCCAAAAAACCAACAGCUACAACGGCAAUACAUACGGCAGCAACAACAACAACGCCAACACACACGACAGCUACAAGAACAACGGCUACACCAGUGGCAGCAACAACAAUGGAUACUAG